UCUCCUUUCGGGCCUGCCUAACUCCAAAUUUUCGCUUUCUGCGUCAGCUUCCCCUCCUUCCCAUCAGACUUUCAUUUUCGUUUUUGAGUGCCAGGUGGACUCCGUGAUCUGAAAGUGAUUGGCGAUCUGGAUUGCUUUGCGCUAUUUCUCCCAAAGGUGCUUUUUCAGGAGGCAACUGGACUUUCUGGUUCUUCUUGGAAGACGUUUCGCUUCUCAUCCAAGAAGCUUCUUCAGCUCUGACUUGCGUUGGUUCGCUUCUCUUCGCCUCUCUUCGAACCGCUUGGCUAUCACCUUACAAUGGAGACUGGAGGAGGAAGGAGGAAGGACUUGCUGGUAGAUGCUUUAGAAUGCCUUGAGGAAAGCGACUUUAAGAAGUUUAAGUCUAAGCUGCGAGAUGUAAAAGUUCCUCAGGGAAAGAAUAUUCCACGUGGUCGGUUGGAAAAUGCAGACCGGCUGGAUCUGGUGGAGCUCCUUGUUCAAUUCUAUGAAGAGAAAGCUGAUACAAUAAUGAUAAAUAUCUUGGAAGACAUGGGUUGCAAGAAAAUUGCUUCCAAUCUCAGCAAAGAACUCAAGAAUCAAAUUCAGGGUUACAAACAAAAGUAUGCCAAGUAUGUGAAGGAAGAAUGCAAAAAUAUAGAGGAAAGGAACAGCCUGUGUGGUGAGAGCACUCCUUUGAAUUCAUGCUAUGCAGAGCUGCUUAUUAUCAAGAAGCAUCAACCCCAAAAGCAGAAGGAGCAUGAACUCCUUGCCACUGGCAGAAGGCACCUGGAAAUCCUGAGAACCAAUAGCAAUGAUUUAUCAACCAACAUUGAAGAUUUAUUUGAGCCUGAUAAAUCAGGAAUUCCAAAAACAGUGGUGUUGCAAGGACCUGCAGGGAUUGGGAAAAGCAUGACUGUGCAGAAGAUCAUGCUGGACUGGGCUGAUGGGCAGCUCUAUCCCGAUAUGUUUGAUUAUGUAUUUUGCAUUCGUUGCAGGGAAUUGGACUUUGUUAAAAAAGCCAGCAGCUUGGCUGAACUUAUUGUUGAGCAGUGUCAGGACAGAGACGCCCCAGUGGAAGAAAUCUUAGCCCACCCUGAAAAACUGCUCUUUAUCAUUGAUGGUUUUGAUGAGCUUUCCCACUUUUUAGAAUCUGAAGGUAACUGGUGUGAGAAGCCUAAUUUAAAGAUGCCUUUGGAAAGUAUUUUAAACAGCCUGCUGAGAAAGAUACUCUUGCCAGAGUCCUUCCUCUUAAUCACCACAAGGCCGGGUGCUCUAGAGAGACUGCAGCAAUGCUUGAAGUACCCCAGGUUCACUGAGAUCGUUGGCUUCUCUGAAAAAGGUCGCCGUGAGUUUUUUUCCAAGUUUUUCGAAGAGGAGAAGAAAGCCAACAUUGCCCUGAGAUUCAUUGAAAAUACGGUUGCAGUGUCCACCAUCUGCUUCAUCCCAAUGGUGUGCUGGAUCAUUUGUUCUGUGAUUAAGAUAGAACUGGAAACUGAAGAUGAGAUUGCAGGCACCUUGGAUACCACAACAAAAGUGUUUUUGCAGUUUUCUCAUAUUCUUCUUAAGCACGAUAAUCCCAGAUGGAAAACCUCCCCUCAAAAUGAGCUCAGAAAACUUUGUUCUUUGGCCAGAGCUGGCAUCAUGCAACAAAAAAUCCUCUUUGAAGAGCAGGAUCUCAAAGAACAUUGCUUGGAUGUUUCGGCUCUUAAGGAUCUCUUUUUAGAGAAAAGAGCUUUCAGGGCAGGUUUGGGCAGGCGCAGUCUCUACAGUUUUUUCCAUCUCUGUUUCCAAGAGUUUUUUGCUGCCAUGUGGUAUAUACUGCCAGCGGAGUCAGCGGAAGAGAUGGAUCACGUUAUGGCCGACUUGCAGAGAGUAUUGGUUGAAUGGGAGAUGCCAAAUAAUCAACAUUUUGCACUAACUGUAUGUUUCAUAUUUGGCCUGACAAAUGAAAAGACACACGUCUUCUUUGAGCAAACCUUGCAAUGCAAGAUUUCUGACCUUGUAAAGCCGCUCUUAUUACAGAAAGCAGAAGAAGUAGCUGUUAAGAAGCCCGUUCAAAAACACUAUUUCCUGCUGAAUUUUUUUCACUGCUUGUUUGAGAGCCAGGAGCCAGAAUUUGCAAAGCGUGUGAUGCCUCACUUCCAAAUUAUUGACUUUUCCUUCAACACGCUGUCCGUGUUAGACUGCAAAGUUUUGGCGUUUUGUCUGCAACAUAGUACAAUUGAGGAUCAUUCCCUUAUCUUAAAUAUCUGCAGGUUGCAACCUCAUCACAUCAAGGCUUUGGCUCCAGGAAUUAAGAACUGUACAACUCUAGAGUUUGGAGACAACAAACUUGGAAACUCAGGAGUGAAUGUUCUCUGUACCAUUCUGAAGCAACUGGGUUGUAAUUUGGCUAAUUUAACACUUGAUCGCAAUUACCUCACAGAUGCUUGUGCCCAAGAGCUUUGUGCUGUUCUCAGAGCUAGUCACAGACUUUACAGUUUAGCUCUUCAAGAUAACUCCUUCACCGAGAAAUCUGCCCCAUUCAUCCAAGACUUGAUGGAAAAUUGCACCACCUUGAGUAUUAUAUAUUUGGAGUCAAAUAGCUUUAAUGAAAGAGGACAAAGACGGCUGGAUCGGCAAGCCAAGAAGAUAAGUGAAUCAGGACGUCCCUUUUUGUUAUGGAUGUGACUGUAUUCGCUCAUGGCAGCUACAGAAUAAAAAGCAAUCCUUCUAGAACAUUUUCAAAGAGGUAUUGCCACAGGUUUAUACCAAUUUGUUGCUGAAAACAAUUUUCAGACAAAAAUGUUGAUAGGAAUAAUCAUUAGUGUUUUAUAAUAUUGUGGCAUAUUGCUUCCCAGGAAAUCACUUUGUUUGAAAAACAUUAAAUAUCCUCUAAUAUUUAGGGAAAUGGCAAAACCAUUUGACCAAAUAUUUAACCAUUGAUUCUAACCCAAGGGUGCUUUUUCAAGAGGCAACUGGACUUUCUGUUUUUUCUUUGAAGACAUUUCACUUCUCAUCUGAGAAGCUUCUUCAGCUCUGAACAGAUACUAAAAGAAAUAUUUGUAUUAUAAUAUCACUAAAGUUGAUUUUAUUUAGAUGUAUUUUCAAGGUCCCUUUUUUCGGCCAAUUUACCCUAUAGUGUGUUAAUUAUAAAUAUCUAGUAAAGGACAAUCAGUACACAACUGGAGAUUCCUGUGAAAUGUUAAUUCUAAAUGAAGCAAUCUAAGAAGAAGAGUUUUCUCAAUAUUGCAUUAUUUAAAUUGUAUUUGUUCCAGUUCUGUUUAAUUGAGUACAUGUAUGAUUAUACCCUCUGAAGUCAGAUGCCAAUGAGGAAAAUUUGAAAUUGAGCUGCUUAGCAUAUUAAUCCACCAAAACUAAAAUUAUAUAGCUAAAAAGCAAGGAGAGAGUUAAUUUCACAAAGGUGAAUAAACCUACUAGCAGAGAGAUAGAUCAGAACAUCAUAGCACAUUUUGGGGUAUUUUAUAAUAAAUUGUCUCUAAUGUGUAGGAUUUAAAUUUCCAAUAUAAAAUUAAGCAAUUAUAUCUUAACCUCAUAUUAGUCAUCUCUUUGCCAGAUUUAGUGAUUACCUGCAAAAGUGAACAGCAGUCUGCCUUUAAUCAAUUAUUGUCAAUUAUUUUUUCUGAGAGACAAUCUGUCUUUAAAUAGAAUGAUAUAAAGGAAUGUUAAAGUGCUUCAGAUAACAAAACUUGCCUGUUUUCAUAGAACCCUGGAUGCUGGCUUGUUGAGAGAAUUUCAUAAUGGAAUUAUAACACUUUUAAAAUUCCCAUAUCCACUAUCUCCCCCCCCCCCCCUUCCCACUGUCUGUUACUUCUGACAGCAAGGAAUGGAGAGAGUUGCUUGGGCAUUUCACUUUGCUUCAGUUGCCCAAAUAAGAUUGGUGAUUUAGAUACUAUGCACCUUGACUUCGCAGCAAGAAGACAGGAUCAACUGGCUUGAAGUAGGAACAUGUUUUAGGCUUAUUUCAAUAAAAUUCUCCUUUAAAAAAAAGUUAAGUUGGUUCUCUGUGAAAAAGUCUGCCUCCUCUUUUAAGACAAAAAAAAACACACACAUCUCAAAUUGUUUGAAAAGUUCCUUUCCCAUUACAAUCGAGAAGAACAAUAUCCAUGUAGCUCUUUUUUCCAUUCGCUGUUCUUGCCAUGGAAAUCUUAUUCAUCAUUGUUCCGAGUUCACAGAAUUCCACUGUUUUGUAUUCCAAGAUACAUGUCUAAUACAGCUUUAGUUUCCGCAAGAUCAAGAAUAAAUCCAUCACUCAAAUCAAGAGCAUUUCACCUUCCUCUUUCUAUGAUCCUGCUAUUCUAUUUUCUUUGGUUCGAUUUGAGGUAAAAGAGG